AUUUGUUUUAGAAUGAAUUGUAAGUGUACUCUUCGAGGUCGCUCAGAGUUAAGAUAAGAUAACGCCAUAGCCACUUGCCCUAUAGAAUUGUAACCCACACUUGACACCAAAAUGAAAACGAACAUUUCCUCGUUUACCAUUCUCUUCACAACGAUAGUUCAAGGAUCUUGGGCUGCUAUUUCCUGUUUUACCUGUCCGGAUAGAAUUGCAUAUCCUCGAGACUGCCCUUUUGUAUCACAUUGCGGACACAAUGAGAUAUGUUACGUGGACGAGUUUGUGACACCGGAUGGCCACACUUUCUACAGAAGCGGUUGUCGAUCAAAAUCUAGAUGUGGACUCAGUGGUAAGCGUGAGAUUCCUCUGGAAAGGAGACAAGUUGGAGUGGGCGGGGAAAUCAAAACCUGCGAGGAAUGUUGUACAUCUGACCAUUGUAAUUAUGGCGGGUGUGGACAACCACCGCCACCAAAAAGAGGACCCAUUUGUUAUAAUUGCUUCCAGCAACAGCAGGAGGAGGGCUGUAAUAGAGUGACCAUAUGCCCAGAAAACUGUGAAUGUCACAUCAUGCGGUCACCAGAUUCCCUUACCAUGGACUUAGUGUUCACUACAGGGUGUGUUCGCAAAUCGAUUAACUGCAGAUUGGAUCUCCUACCACUUCAGACUUGCCAUCCAGGACAGCUGACAUCAGGUUCUCCAGUACUUGUUGUCGGUAAAAGACAAAAUGAAAACGACUACAACCUAGCCAGCAGAGAUGUUGAAAAGCGUGCCGGAUUUUGCUUCUCCUGCUGUCCAAAUGACCUUUGUAAUCGGAACUGUUCCAAUGCACAUUCUCAUGCAGCAUCAACGACACCUCAACCAGUAACAGCAAGCUCAACUUCAGUAUCAACGACAAGUACCAGCACACCAACUACUGGCAGUACAACAACUACCAGCACAACAAUCAAGCCCACUUCUACUCCAACUACUACUACCAGCACAACAUCUACUCCAACUACUACUACCAGCACAACAACUUUACCCCCUACCACCAAAAGCACAACUACAACACCUACAACAACAUCAACUACAACAUCAACUACAUCUACGACCAAAGCGCCAGCCACGUGUCCUGCUGAUUUCCUGCAGUACUUGAAUCACUGCUAUUAUUUCUCCACUGAAAUCAAAUAUUGGGGUGAAGCACUCCAGAUCUGUAAAUUGAAGGGAGCUUACUUGGCAAAGAUUGAGGACCAGCUAGAAGAGAAUUUCAUCCAAAGCGUCAUUCAACCUUUAAUGAACAAUAAUCAAAUCCCAAAACAUGUAUGGGGAUACUAUAUAGGUGCCCACUUAGUACAAGGCAAAUGGCAGUGGAGCGAUGGAGUAGCACUGAACUACACAAAUUGGGGAAAUAACGAACCAGAUCACCCUGGGGAGCAGAACUUUGGCUUUAUCUUCCUUCCAGGACAUUAUGCUGGCGAUUACAAAUGGGGCAGUCAUAGAGACAUGCAAGGAACAUCACGUUAUAUAUGUGAAAAAGAUCUAAUAUAAUAAAGGCUGACUACUUCAUUAUAACGAUGAACCAUCCCAGUUUCUAACAUGUUUUAUAAAACCUCUUUCUAAAUUGUAUCCUUCAUUCAAUUUUAGCUCACCUAAGCUGAAAGCACAAGUUAGCUUUUCUGAUCACCUGUUGUCCGUCAUCUGUCUGUAAACUUUUCAUACUUUUAACUUAUUCAAAACCACGUGGCCAAUUUCAACCAAACUUGGCAAGAAACAUCCUUGAGUUAGGGCUUUCAAGUUUGUUCAAAGGAAGGACCAUGCCCUUCAACGGGUAGAUAAUCACAAAAAAUGUAAAAAUAAGGUGGGGUUAUUUGAAAAUCUUUUCAAGGACCACUGGACCAGAAAAGUUUAUAUAUACAUAAAAGCUUCCCGACAUAGUUUAGAUUCAAGUUUGUAAAAAUCAUGCCCCCCGGGGGUAGGUUGGGGCCACAAUAGGGAUAAAAAAUUACAUGAGAAUAUGCAGGGAAAAUCUUUAAAUAUGGGCCAAGGUGACUAAGGUGAGCCCAUGGGCCUCUUUUUUUUUUUUUUUUUUUUUUAAACCAAUAAAUGAUACCACAUACAAAUUUAUUACCAUUAAACAAGAGAAACAUCAAUGAUAUCAGAGAGAAUGCUUGUUUCCAGACUGUAUAGACAAAGAAUUAACUGAUUGACAGUAUACAUCAUGGCUACCGUAGCCUGGACCCCUGGUUUCUUUAUGACUUUCACAGUUUCUAUUGUUAUAUGUUGACUCUUGUUGAAAUUUAAUACUCUUUUUAUGCUCCCUGAAAAAUUUCGGGGUAGCUUAUAGACAAAAUCGUGUCUGUCCAUACAUCCAAGCUCAUAUCUCCCAAACCUUUUAAUAAAAAAUUAAUUCAAUUAAAUGUUCCUCGAGACAAGGACUUUUGAACCAAGGUCUCUUAAGGUCAUUUUGGAAAGGUCACU